GCGGACGCUGCGGAGGAGCGUGCAGGUACUCUAAAGGAACAUAUGCGGAGUCACACUGGAGAGAAACCAUACAGGUGCGAGGAAUGCGGCAAACAGUUCAGCCAGUCGAGUAGUCUGUGGAGUCACAUGCGGACUCACACUGGCGAGAAGCCCUACCUGUGUGAGGAGUGCGGUAAACAGUUCAGUCGGCUAGGUAAUCUAAAAGUGCACAUGACGACCCACACUGGUGAAAAACCGUACAUAUGUGAAGUAUGUGGCAAUCAUUUUAGUCAUCUCGGUUCUCUGACAAGUCACAUGUGGACUCACACUGAUGAGAAACCAUACCGGUGUGAGGAAUGCGGUAAACAGUUCAGUCAGCUGAGUCAUCUGAAAACUCACAUGCGGACUCACACCGGUGAGAAACCCUACCGCUGUGAAGAGUGUGGCAAACAGUUCAGUCGGCUAGAUAAUAUGAAAGAACACACAAAGACCCAUAGAGGUGAGAAGCCAUACACAUGUGAGGAGUGUGGAAAACAUUUCAGCCACCUCCGUAGCGUGAAACAACACAUGAAGACUCACACUGGUGAGAAACCGUACAGAUGUGAGGAGUGCGGCAAACAGUUUAGUCAGCUGGGCAAUCUGGUAAACCACGUGCGGACUCACACUGGUGAGAAACCCUACAACUGUGAACUGUGCAAUAGAAGCUUCACUUAUCCAAGUAGUCUAAAGAGACAUGCAUGUGUGAAGACUUGUACCAGCCAACAACCAUCCUUACCAGUGUGACAUUGAAAGUUACCAGAAAUUGUUUUCUCUCUUUAAGAAGCACAGAACACAUGGGAAAUUUUCUUCUUUUUCUACGAUGUACAAGACGUAAUUCAAAGGCAUGUGCAUCAUGAAAUAUGCUGUAACCAUGUAUGUACAUGCAUAAUAUGUACUUAGCAUUAAAUUUACAUAACAUAGCAAGAUUGCAAGCCGUGGAAAUAUUUCUUUUGUUAAGGUUACCCGUAUCAAACAUGUUAAAGUUUUGAUAUUUUUGGUUGUAUCAGUCAAUUCGUACACAGUAGUUCUUGAAGUUAUUGUAUUUCUCAUUUUACUUAGCUGUAGAAUUGCUGAUUUACUAGCAGUACGAUACAGUUGGAUACAGUUGAAAAAAAAUUGUGCAGUAAUAAGUUUGCUUACCUAAACUGACUCACUUUGUUGUUAUACGUUUAAUAUCAACACCGCCUUCUGCUAAACCUGUUGUUUGUUCCUUGUAUUGUUGUAUUGCUAAUAAACUACGAACAUAAAUAGUGUUUUGUUGUAUAACUUUUGAAUAAGAUUUUGUUAGGGGAGUUGGGUGGAAUAGCUUGACCGACGGGGACAUGCACCAAGUUGACUGGACCGAGUUUGUAGUUUGUAAUGGUUCGAGUCGUCCGAUAAUCCAUACGUACGUCUGUUGCUAGUGGGCUGUUGACAGCGGAAGGUCUUGCAGGGAAAACCUAACUACGACUUGCUGCCUAUAUCAUGUUAUAAUUAGGGCAGGGUGGGGAAUAAUCGUCCAACCACAAUUAAGCUUAUAACAUAAGAUUGUAACAUACCAACAUAUCGACAUAUUGUCUGUCUAACAAUGCGUUAGACAGACAAUAUGUCGAGAAUGUACAAUCCCACCAUCAACACAAUAAGCGGCCUUCGUGUCGACCUUUCCUUGCCCCUAGACAAGACAACACCAGCUCCUGUACCCAAACAAGAAGAACUGAUUCAUAAGCAUUGACGUUGUCUUUAUUAAUAGCCUUGUCUUAUUCCUUGUUGUCUAAGGUUUGUAUGAGUUACCAAAGAUGCAGGUUUCCUCUCUUCAAGAAGUACAGAACAUGUGGGAGAUUCUAAGGAUGUUCUUCACCUCCCUGCUAAAAUAAUAAGUCAUACCCUUUCCCCCGGCAAUAUUAGACUAAAAGUUAAGAAAACAGCAAAGCUUCAAUUUUCUAGCAUGUCUAUUUAUUCAACCCUGGCAAUCAUUUUAAUAAUAAUAAGAAAUGAAAGCAUUUGCUUUCACCACAAAGUUAUUUGCUGCGCAUUUCUUUUAAAUAGCUUUCAAUAGUAAAAAUAAUACGGUAGUUAAGUCACAUUAUUAUUUUAACAUCCAAUUUUUAGAAACAAAACAAAUGUACAAAGCGAUUAUAUUACCUACGACACCGAAGACUAGAG